UCACGUCCAGCGUGGUGCCAGCAAUAGAACGUUUGCAGGAGAUGGUGGCAGGUUUGAAUCUUCAGCGGUUCUGGAGGGAAAGCAAAAGAGAGGACUUCCCUGGAGAAGAAAGAAAGUGAACGCAGAUAAAAUGAGCUGGGUUGUGGAAGAAUGGAAAGAAGGCCUUUCCACAAAAGUCCUUCACAAGAUUCAAGAACUUGAAAGUCAACUAGAGAAGUUGAAAAAAGAACGGCAACAAAAGCAGUUUCAGCUGGAAUCUCUAGAGGCGGCUUUACAAAAACAAAAACAGAAGGUUGAUCAAGAAAAAAAUGAAGGAUCAACUCUAAAGAGAGAGAACCAGAACUUGAUGGAACUGUGUGAUAACUUAGAAAACACAAGGCAGAAACUUGCUCAUGACCUUCAAGUGAAAGAAUCUCAAGUUAACUUUCAAGAAGGACAGCUCAUUUCAAGCAAGAAGCAAAUUGAAAACCUAGAACAAGAACUUAAAAGAUACAAAUCUGAAUUGGAAAAAAAUCAGAAGAUCCAUGUUGCUGGAGAUGUAUCUUUCAACAGCACACCACAGAAGAACCUCAUUACUCCUUCAACACCAAGUCUCAACGAGUCAAAAUAUGAAGAACUGCAAGCAAAAUACAGUAAAGAAGUCGAAGAAAGGAGAAGACUGGAAGCAGAACUGAAGAGUUUGAAAUCUCAAAAAACAAAUACCACGUGUCCUGAAAGUAUGAUAAGUCGUAGACAAAUUGCUCGGCAGCAGGCUUCCUCAUCUGUAUUCUCAUGGCAACAAGAGAAAACGCCAAGCCGCUUCUCAUCCAGUCCCCAGGAAACUCCUGUAAGCAGUGGGUCAGUGACAUCACAUCGCUCUCAGGAAUUUGGGGCAACUCCAAGUCACAGAUAUCUGAAAUCAGCAAAGAAAGAAACGAGCAAUUCCGGCAUCUUCAGUUCAAAGAACUCUCCAUUACUUAAGAUGAAAGCUCAGAACCAAGAGUUAAGAUCCAGAAUUCAAGAACUGGAGCACAAACUGCAAAGUCAAAUGCAAGAUAUGAAACUGAGUCUUACCAAACUUCAAGAAGCUCAGCUGCAACUGGAAAAUCUAAAAAUGGAAUUAACAGAAAAAGAUAAAGCUCUGAACAAAACCAGAAAUGAGAUUAGCAGAAUUGUAGCGCAAUUUGAUCAAGCAACUGAUCAGUGUGCUGUAAAAGAGGAAAAGGUGAAAAGGCUUUCAGAGGAGCUUCACUGUCAGAGACAAAAUUUCGAAAGUGCGCAACAUGCUUUACAAGAGAAAAUAAAAGAGAAGGAAAAAGAAUGCCAAAAGGAAUUUGAUCUCCAGCUUGGUCAGGUCAGAGCCAGUCUACAAGGGGAAUUGCAUCAAGCCAAGGAUAGCUACAAUGUUCUUAAAGCCAAACUGGAGAAAAUCCUCUCAGCGAAAGAGGAAUUUGAAAACAAGACUAAUGAAUUGACUCAAAAAUUGAAUCAAGCAGAGCGGACAAGGCAGACAAUGCAGUUGAAGGAAAAUGAGCUAAAGAAUAUGUGUGAUGAAGUAAAGAAGCAAAACAGCCUUAUCAGCAGCCAGGCAGCUCAGCAACUGCAAGAAAUUCGCCAGCUAAAAGAUGAGCUUUGUAUAGCCAAACAGCUUCUGCAGGAGAGUCAACAUGUUUCUGAAGUCAUGAAAAAUAAAAAUUGCUCUUUGGAAAAUGAGUUAAAGUUACUGGAAGAGAAACUGAAUAAGCAAUAUAAUUCUGUCACUUUAGAGAAUAUGAAACUUGCAAUUUCAGACUUGGAAAAUCAACGAGAUUCUCUCCAACAGCUCUUGAAACAUAAAGAAAAUGCAGUUGAAGAGCUUAGUAUGAAGGUGUCAGAACUAGAAAUGUUGCAAAAAGUUUAUUCAGAGUGUGAAGGGCUUAAAAAAGAGGUUGAGAUUCUUUCUCGACAGAAAAAAGAAAAUGAACAACUCUUGAAUGAGCUUGAUUUAGAAAAAGGAGGAUUGCAGCGCAAAAUUUCCAGCCUGGAGAGUGCUCUAAAGACUGAACAGCUUAGAAGUCAGGAGAGGCUAAGAGCUCUUGAAGAUGAAAAGGAGAACCUCAGUCUGGAGGUGAAAAAUCUCAAAUGUGUGGUGGAAGACCGAACAAGACAGCUAGAGGCACAACGAAAAACCAACGCUGAUCUUCAGGAAAAAAAUGCAACAUCUGAAGCAAAACAUAUGAAAGAGAGAGAAAACAGUUCACUGAAAUUAGCUGGGUUCGUUAAGCACUUAGAUGCCCUACAAGAAGAGCUAGAAACAUGCAGAAGUGAGGUGUUAGAAAAGGACAAGCGUAUUGUGUCUCUUGAAGCAUCACUCGCUUCAUAUGCACAGUUAGACAUAAACUUCCAAAAACAAUCAGAGGAACUGUCACAAGCCAGAGAUGAAAUGCACAGAAAAUUGGUAGAAGCUGAGCAAAAACAUACAGAUUUUGUAGAGGAAAUUAAUAAGCUACAAACAGCUCUAUCUAACAAACAAGAUUUGCUUACUAAAGCAUUGGCAUCUCUUAAGGAAAGAGAUGAGAAAUUGCAAAUGUUGAUAAAAGAAUCAGAUAGGCAAGAAGCAGUCAUUCAGGAUUUUAAAAAGAAGGCGAUAUUGUAUGAGGAUCCAAAACAACAUCUGAAAGUUCUCUCUCCAACAAUAAGCCAAAAAGAACUUGAUCUGACUGUGACAUUAUCCUUAAAUGAGAAGGAAAAUGAACAACCUACAGAGGAGAAUGCCAUCUUUGAAAGUACGAUCAAUAGUUUAGAACCAAAAAAUCUGGACGUUAUGCAAAGAAAACUGCCAGUCUCCAGUAAUUUGAGUGAAAGGGAGGAAAACCUCUUGGAGCUGUCAGAAAAAAAUAGGGAGAAGACCUCUUUGCUGUCAGUAGCCAAAGAGAAUUUGGAAAGAAAAUGUAUAUCGCUCGAAGCAAAGAUUGAGAACCUAGAAUGUGUUUUAAGGGAAGAAACUUACCAUCUUGAAGUGAAGGAAGCCAAAUCUGAAAACCAAGAGAAACAACUUACAAGCAAAUGUGAGGAACUGGAGAUAAAGCUUAUGUCUUUGGACAAGAAAAAUAAUGCCUUGCUUUGGCAACUUGAAAAAAAUCAGCUAGUGCCUGAAGUAGAUGAGAUUUUAAGACAGAAGGGGGCAGCACUAAAUAAAAUACACUAUUCCGACAGUAUAUUGCUGCAAGAGAAAGAGGAACAGAUUGAAAAUGUGAAAAUAAGAAGUGAGCAUGCAACAAGUGACUUGGCUUUGGAGGAUGAAUUGCAUAGAUGUCAAGUUAAACUGGAGAUGCUUCAAAUGGAUUUUGAUGAUAAUGAAGUUGCUGUAGAAAACUACAUUGUGCAAGUAAACCAAUUGGAGACAGUUUUAAGAACUAUGGAAAUGAAACUGGAAGAAAAUGAAACAGAAAAAGAAAGCUUGAGACAAGAACUGAAAGCUUUUAAAAAAUUAGAAAAUCAGACUUCAGAAACAUCAGAGGUAGAUGGGAAUAAUAAGUCACCAAUACAUUUUGAUGCUGAUACCAAGGUCAGCUUAAACCAAGAGAUAGAUGCCAGCUGUUCAUCAGUUCCUCACAAUUUGAUCUCUGGGCAAAACGAUCAUAUCCGAUUAGUAUCUUGCUUACACAUGACAAUGAACAAGCUAAAUGAUUUGGAGAAAAUAUGUGAAUGCGUCCAGAUAGAAAAGUCACAGCUGAAAGAUCCACAAUUGGAAUGCAUCAUGAACUCAGAUACUAUGGCACAAAACCUCAUGGACAAAAUUAAUAAGGUUGAAGGGGGAGCCACUUUCUCUGAUGCAUUAAUAGAUGAAAAAGCCGCACAAUCUGAUAUGGAGCACAUAAUCUUUCCAAGAUGUUGUGAUGGAAUUGACUGUGAAGGGUUGAAACUAUCCAACGAAGAAAUUAAAGCAGAUUUUGAUCACGUCAAGGAAAAAAUGCUCUCUUUGAACAAUUUGUAUCAAACCUUUCAGGGGCAGAGUUGGAAUCUGGCUUCCAAAAUAUCAGAACUACAAAGCUAUAUUGAAAUGCUGACAGAAAAGAAUAUUGCACUGUCAACAAGUCUUUAUCAAGUUGAUAUGGUUUCAUUUGCAGUUGAGAUGACCCCAAGCCCAGUGAAUGAAGAGUGUCAGUCAGAUGAAAAAUUUUGCAUGGAGUUUCCAUACUAUGAUGCAAUCUCCUGUUCUACAAAUGUUACUCCUAUGGAGUCCAGUUUUGAUAGUGUUCUGUCCACACCAAGCAAAAAAGCUGGGCUACAUAAUAAAAAACAAGCUGAUCUAGAAGGGGCAGCUGACCAGCACUGCCAUUCUCUGCCAGAGCUCUGCAACAAUGAUAGAUGGACCUCUCUUGAUGGGCAAGAGCCUCUCUUUACCAACAGCCCUAAUCUAAAAAAUAAAAUAAAACACUUGCUCUGUGAGCCUCUUGAGAAGUCUUUCAAGAUGCUUGAAGAAUCAUUUCAGUCUCAUAGAAACGUGGAAGACGAGAUUCAAAAGAUCCAAGAGCUGCUUCUGUCUGUGAGACAGGAGGUAGAUGGUCUCCAAAAGCAAGCUGUAUCUGACAACAAACUGUGGCAACAGAAACUUCAUAAUGUGAUCCUGCAGGUAGCUUCUACAUUGACAAAUGAAAAGGAAUAUCCUGAGCUGUUGCCUCAAGAAGAAGAAGGACCACAGCCCAAAAUGGAAGACCCUGAUUUCAGUUGUGAGCCACUACUUUGCACUGACAGCAAACAUCAAGCGUGGAUUCCUGCUGAGCAAGCAAAUCAUCCCUCGUGCCAAUUGGAAGUAUAUAAUUCCUGUAAUGAGAUCUCAGAACUUGAAUCAGUGAAUAGUAAAGAAACAACAAGGGCCUGUGAAGCAAAUGGAAUAGGAAACAAGGAAUUGGCUUCUGAAGCAAAAGUUAGUUUAAAUUCUUCAGAAAAACUGCUUUCAGACAUAGAUUUGGAAACUGGAAAUGCAUCAAAUAAAUCUAUAGUUCCUACAAAUUGUUCCAAUGUGUUAUCACUUCCUCCAAGUCACAGAAUAAGUGCUGUGCCUAUGGAUUUCUUGGACAUCCCUCAUUCAGAAAUAAAGCAUAGUAAGAAUUCAAAGCUUUCCUGUGAUUUAGAGGAAACUAGUAAAAACAUUGAUUCUAUGCUCAUGGAAAUCCAAAAUUUAAAUUCAAAUUUGGAUGCAAAAGAUGAAGAAUUGGCUGAAAGGAUAAAUGCUUGUGCAGAGCUGGACAAAACAGUUGCAGUACUCAAACAAGAAAAGAUUGACUUAAACGAAGCACUUAAAUCUGUUACUUUUGAUAACCAGCAAUUAUCUUACAACCUUAUGACACUUGGGAUAGAACUCAACAAGGCAAAAGCUGAUCUGGAGAUGUACAAAGUAAGACUCUGCGAUGCAACAGAUGCUCUCGACGAUUUAGAAAUGACCAAAGCCGACUGGACUGAGAAGCUUCUUGAAGCUGAGAAUGAACUGAGAAGGAUAAAAUCAGAGAAAGCGAAUGUUGAGAACCACGUGCUAUUCAUGGAGGCCGAUAUUGAAGAGCUUCAGUCAAAAAAUGAGCAGUUAGAAAGGGAAAAGGAAAAUGAAUUGAAAACCAUUUUUGGCCUUCAAGAUCAGCUUUGUGUGAUCACAGCUGAGAGAAACCAAUUUACCCAAGAUCUGAGCGCUUUGUCAAAGGAUAAAGAGGAAUUAGAUCAAAAGUGCCAAAAAAUGCAGGAGACGAUAAAAGAGCUUGAGUCAAGGCGAGUGGAUUCUACUGAGUUUAUCAGGAUAUUGGAAGCUGAAGCUAAAACCCAGGCAAAAUUGCUUCAGGCUGCCAAGGCUGCAAGUAGUCAGUUAUCAACGGAAAAGGAGGGCCUUACAUUGCAAUUACAGAAUUUGGAUAAGGUUGUGAGGGAUCUGGUGUUGGAAAAAGAGGCAGCACAAAGCCAAGUAGAGCAUUUGAGAGAAGAAAAAGAAGCACGCCUCCAGGAAUAUGAAACCCUACACAGCAAGUUAAGCAUCUCCGAAAUGGAAAAUGCCAAAAUAUCUAAGUCUUUGGAAGGGUCACUUAUAGAAAAGGGUGAACUUGCAGCGAGACUGAAUUCUGCCCAGGAAGAGGUGGAUCAGCUGCGACGGGGCAUCGAGAAACUAAAGAUAAAAAUAGAAGCCGAUGAAAAGAGCAAGCAUCGCCUGGCUGAAAAGUGGAAAGAAACUCAGCGGAAAGCUGACUCUCUGGUAGACAAAAUUGAGAGCCUUGAAAGGGAAUUGCAGAUGUCAGAAGAGAAUUUGGAGGGUGCGAUUCUUCAAGCAGAGGCGGCUAAAGAAGAGACAGAAAUAGCGAACGCUGAGAUGGAAAAUAUGCGUGUGACCUUGCAAAGAUUAGAACAUGAAAUAAGUGACUUAAAGUCAGAAAAAGAUUGUUUAGAGAGCAUGCUGGAGGAAAAACAAGUCAAAGUGUCCAAUUUAGAACGUUCUCAUGCCAUCCUUUUGAAACAGCUGAAAGAAGAAGAGCAGGAAAUGGUGAAAAUCAGAGGUGAAUAUGAAAGGGAACUUUUGUCAAUGCAAUCCCAAUUGAACCAGGCCCAUGAGGAAAUUAAACUGUCUUUCAGCAAGCAAGAAAUUCUCAAGGCGAAUGAACAAGAUCAGAUUAAUAUAGUGGCUUCCCUCAGGCAAGAGAAUACACAGCUAGUUCAUCAAUUGGAGGAAGGAAAAUACAAAAAUUCUGAAAGAGAGCAACUUAUAGAAGCCCUGAUCCAGGCAUUCGAAGACAUGCAAAAAAUGGAUGAAAACUCUUCUUUUUGUGAGCAGUUGCCAAUAAGUGAAAGUUUGCAAGCUAUUUCUCAGGAGCCACAAGGGUCUGUUAAACUUCCUGGAGAGGAAUUGGAAGCCAUAACAUCAGGAAAAUGUGCCUCCCUUGGAAAGGAGGAGCAUCUUAAAAAAGCAUAUGUUGCUUUGCAUCAUAAAUUUCAGCAAUGGUUAGGAAAUUAUAGAGAAAUGAAGCAGGAAAAAGAGCUCAUGAUGGACAAGAUUCACAAGCUUGAGAUGCAGCUGAAGAUGGGAGAUCUGUGUUGUCAUAAGGAUAUUGGUACAGAAGAGAUGGAAGAGCUGCAGGGAUCAUUUGAAGAGAGAACUGUGGAGGCAGAUAACACCCAGGAAAUGGAAAAAUUGAGAAAUUCCCUUGAAGAUAAUACUAUAGAGGCAGAUCGGGACCUCGACAGGUUCUGUGCCCUGCUCAUUGAUCACCACAAAUUAGAGCAAGAAAACGAGAUGUUGAGAACACAAGUCUCUUUAUUGAAUGCUCGGCUGAAGCAAACCAAUGUCCCAGGUUCUCCCUGCCAACGCUAUCACAAUCCAGUGCAAAGUAAUGAUAGGAACCCUAUCAAACAGGCUUCAUCUGAUGAGGUUACUGAGAUUACUACAAAGAAAUGCAUAAUCCAAGAAAACAGAAGCAUUGGUGAAGAGACCACAUCUCCUUUAAGAGAUGCUGUUAAUGAAAAAGAAACUGCAUUUCAGCAUUGCAGCCCAGUGGUUCUCCAAGACAGAACACAAUGCAAGUCUGUUGUCUCCCCAGAGGUGGGGGGAAAGGGUGAGUCCAAUUUCUGUCCAACAGUUCGAGGGAUGACUCCCUGCCAUCAAAAUUUGAGAACCUCACAAUUUCCUAGUAACUCGGUAGAACUUGCUGAUCUGGCUGAGAACCUUGAAGCACCAGCAGAGGGCAGCAAACUACAAAAGGUAAACAAUUCUCACCUGCAAGAAGAAGUUGUUGCCUCACUGGACUUUACCCCAAGAUCUCCCCUUUCUGCCUUUAACCAACCAAUUCAAGCAGAUGCUGAACGAUCUGCUGAAUGUCUCCACAGCAUUCCAACCAAAUGUCACCUAAAUUCAGAAGAAAAUGAGCUGGAUGAAGCCUGCCAUGUACAGUGAAUCUCGGACAUAAAAUGUUGAGUUCGAGGACUUUGUUUAGACACAAAAGUGUGACGACAAGUUCUGUUUGUGAUCAUCCUUCAGGAUCAGUUUAUAUCUCUUCCAGUGGGAAAUGGGUAUUUAAUCCAUGCCUGACAGCAGGAAGUCAAAGAACCACCAGCUAUAUGACCCAUUACUUUGUUUUCUGCAGGUAUUUCAUUUUUACAAAUGAAGAUACAUUUCUAUUGUGUAUAGGAUCAGGGAACUACUGAUACCUGUGGCAUCUACCCAGUAUUCAAGGGUAUCAUGUUUUUCACUUCAGGCCUUCUGCAACAGUUUAUUUCCAACUACAUCUCAUGCUCCUAUUUUAUUAGGGUGCUUCAGAUUGAAAGUUGCCAACCAGAAUUAUGCAUCUAUCCUGGCUUUCCCACAUUAACUUAUUUUUCUUGUUUUUAAAAUGAAAGGCAUGGUAGGAAAAUAUCCCAUGCUACACCUGUACAGGUACCCCUCUAACCUGGGGUACAGAUAACUUGGGCAUGUUAUUUUCUGUUGGGUACAUGCAGCUGCAAAACAAUGUUUGCAAUGCUCAAAGCCCCUCCAGUACCCUAGAGAAAUUGACAAAAAACUGACAAAACCAUCUCUGAGUAUUCCUUGCCUUUAAAAACUAAUAUUCAUGGGAUUGCCAGUUGGAGGCUUGCGAACACAUACACAUGUAGGCCUAAGAAAGGUGAUCAAGAUGCUUAACAUUUGUAAAAUUGCCAGAAACAUCCCCUAAAGCCUACAAGAUUCUUGGCCAUUUUGGUGCACAAAUAUCUCUCAAAUGGUGAUGUUAUGUGUAAGAUCCUCUGAGAGAACAAUACUGUCCCACGCUAACGUCUGGCAGUUGCCUUUCUCUGCUAUGUAGCCCUGUAAAAUUAUAUGAAUGAGACAAGAUAUUUGCAGGAUCCGCUGGAAGGUCCCCAAAUGUCACUUGUGACAGUUUCAGGGCAUGGGAGGCAAGUUACUAAUCUAGUUCAGGAAGAAAAAUCUAGAAACAAAGUAAAAUGUGCUUGAAUUUGUUCUGCCUCUGGAAGGAAUUGAGUUUUGCACUGGCUUUUUCUCCGGAAAUGACAUGUCUGUACUGCAGCCUUCUCAUUUCUUUCCUACAAUGUUGUGUUUCUUGGGGCUGAGGAGUGACAGCUUCCAUUAAAAGACAUAACAUUCCUUUCUUUAAAA